GCUUCCUGAAUUCCCCAGGCAUUUCCUCAUUGCCAACCCUCUCCUCCACGCAUUCCACUGCUCACUUUGGCAGGCGCUGGGGAAUUUCAUUCCCACCUGUGCUUUCUUCCCCUCGGUGCACCUGAAGUUCUCUCUCCUUUCUCAACCCCUGCAGGAGUUCGGGUGGGAUUGCCACAGUGUGGUCUGGGGAGGGAGAGAGGGCGAGGGGAAAGGGGUAUCUACCUGGUCCCGACCUCUGGUUCCCCUCACUAGGCAAAGGACUUGUGCAACCGGCCCAGCAGCUGCCCAAGCCCUUCCAGCCUGAUCAUCACAUGACUGGGAGGGCGGCGGGAGCCGGGCCGGAGCAGCAGCAGCAGUAGCAGCUCCUUAGGCUCAGCCUGUGGGUUUAGUUCCGCGCCCGGAGGAAGAGAGAGAAGGGGGCGGAGGGAAGAGAACCUGCCGCCACCGCUCCUGACCCCCUCCCCCCAGCUUCAGCCGGUUCCCAGCCUCGCUCCAAGUAGCUCCAUUGCGGAAGUGGACCAGGAGGUGGCGGCGGCGGCGGCUGCGCUGCCCCCGGGAGCCCGUGGCUGGGGCUCGGCCUCUUUCCCCGCUCCUUCUUCAAUAGCAACAAAUAGCCCCGAGCCCGUGCUUGCAGUCCCCGGCUAGGCUAAGGUUGCCUGGCUUCCCCCUUUCUUUUUCCUUUUGGGUCGGCGCAAUCGUCGCCUCCGUCCCAGGCUGCAUGCUCGUGGCCCCCCCUCUCCCUCUCCUCCUCCUCCCACUCCUCCUCCUCCUGCUGCUGCUGCUGCUGCUGCUGCCGCCGCCGCCGCCGCUCUCCCCGCAGCCGGCCGCGGGAGCAGUAACAUGCUCACUCGCGUGAAAUCUGCGGUGGCCAAUUUCAUGGGCGGCAUCAUGGCUGGUGGCUCGGGCUUGGAGCACAGCGGAGGCUGCGCCGGUGGCAGCGGGGGCGCCGGCUCCGACCUGCCCUUGCGCUUCCCCUACGGACGGCCGGAGUUUCUGGGGCUGUCUCAGGACGAAGUCGAAUGCAGCGCUGACCACAUCUCCCGCCCCAUCCUCAUCCUCAAGGAGACCAAGAGGCUGCCCUGGACCACGGGCUACGCAGAAGUGAUCAAUGCAGGAAAGAGCACACACAAUGAAGAUCAGGCCAGUUGUGAGGUGCUAUCAGUGAAGAAGAAACCAGGAGUCAUUACUUCAACUCCAAACAAAAAUUCAUCUGCAAAGCGAAGGUCCUCUCUUCCCAAUGGAGAAGGGCUGCAACUAAAGGAGAAUUCUGACAUAGAUGGCAUUUCCUUCCACUACUGGUCCCUCUUUGAUGGACAUGCUGGAUCUGGGGCUGCUGUCGUGGCAUCCCGGUUGUUGCAGCAUCACAUUGUGGAACAGCUCCAGGACCUUAUAGAGAUCCUGAAGAACUCUGCAGUCCUUCCCCCCACCUGCCUAGGGGAAGAGCCUGAGAACAACCCAACCAACAGUCGGACUCUAACGAGGGCUGCCUCCCUUCGAGGUGGAGUGGGCGCCCCAGGCUCCCCCAGCACCCCACCCACACGUUUCUUUACGGAGAAAAAGAUUCCCCACGAGUGCCUUGUUAUUGGGGCCAUUGAAAGUGCGUUCAAGGAAAUGGACCUGCAGAUAGAACGAGAGAGGAGCACAUACAAUAUAUCUGGAGGAUGCACAGCCCUUGUUGUUGUCUGCCUAUUGGGAAAGCUGUACGUGGCAAAUGCUGGUGAUAGCAGAGCCAUCAUCAUUAGGAAUGGAGAAAUCAUCCCCAUGUCUUCAGAAUUCACGCCAGAGACAGAGCGCCAACGACUCCAAUACUUGGCCUUCAUGCAGCCUCACUUGCUGGGAAACGAGUUCACACAUUUAGAGUUUCCAAGAAGAGUGCAAAGGAAAGAACUCGGAAAAAAGAUGCUCUACAGGGACUUCAAUAUGACAGGGUGGGCAUACAAAACCAUUGAGGAUGACGACCUGAAGUUUCCACUUAUAUAUGGAGAAGGCAAGAAGGCACGAGUGAUGGCAACUAUUGGCGUGACCAGAGGACUUGGAGACCAUGACCUGAAGGUUCAUGACUCCAACAUCUACAUAAAACCAUUCCUGUCUUCAGCUCCUGAGGUGAGGGUCUAUGAUCUCACGCAAUAUGAGCAUGGGACAGACGACGUGCUGAUUUUAGCCACAGACGGACUCUGGGAUGUUUUAGUGAAUGAAGAAGUGGCUGAAGCAAUCACACAAUUUCUUCCUAACUGUGAUCCUGACGACCCACACAGGUACACACUGGCAGCUCAAGACCUGGUCAUGCGAGCUCGGGGCGUGCUGAAGGACAGAGGCUGGCGGAUAUCCAACGACCGGCUAGGCUCGGGAGACGACAUCUCUGUCUAUGUCAUUCCUCUGAUACACGGGAACAGACUCUCGUGAGGCUGCUCGCGGCGCAGGGGGCCGGCAGGGUGUGGGGAGAGAGACGUCCGUCUCUCUGAGGGAGGGAAAUGCCGACGUCCGUCCCAAGUGCUGUCCUCCGUUCCCAGUCCGCGCCGCUGGACGAGGAGCUUGCUGUUGCAGAGCUCUGCCCAUGCCCCUCUCCUCGGCCUUCUCCUCCAUUCACGGGGCUCGGGCACUGGGCAGCAGCUCAAUGCAAAGCCCUCUCUCACGCCUCCUGGUACAGCUCCCCUACGUGGAGGUCCACCCACUGGGGGCCACACGAGUAUUUAUUUUGUUCCAGAGCAGUUGGAGCAAGCCCUUCCAGGCGUAGCCCCGGUAAAGGCCAGGCAGGCGGCCGGCUUCCCUAAGAGUGGAGGAAGGCGCAGCUGGGCAGCCACCGAGAGGGAGCGCUGGUGUGCAGCUGAGGCGCGGGGGCUGGGUUUUACUGGGGGACCCCUGGGGGAGGGGAGGUGUCCUUUGCAUUCCUUGAAUCCCACCUUCCUCAUCCACAGAGCAGGGCAUCUUCCAAAGGCAGCCCGAGGCAGUCCCUGUAGCAUCUCACUCACAGCCACCCGAGGUCCCGGAGGACGGAGCUCUCCUGUCCUGUUGUCCUGGGCCAUGUUCUCUUUCCAGAUGGAUUGUUUUCACCCCAAUCGGUUAGUCCCUUGGAGCUCCCUGGUGCCGCUGACGUCCCCGUCGGGCCUUCUGUCGGGGGUCCACGGUGCCCCUGGGAGCAGGGAUUGCCGUCCGUCCCCCCUCCCAUCUGGCCCCUCCGCUUCCUCCGUGCUCCCCACCAUCUCUGCCUCCGGCUCCGCAGUUCUCACGCGCCCUCUGACCCCUCCUAGUCGAAAUUGUUUGAAGAGCUGAGAUCCAAACGAGGCCGGUGCUUGCUGGGACCCAGAACGGGGCAGGAAAUGGGCUCCUCAGCACGUCCCGUCACGAAGACCAUUUCUGUGGGCCGGCGAAAGAGGAGGGAGUCGGCGUCGUUCUAGGCAAUGCCAGGCGGCCAGCUCCCCGUUUCCCCAGAGGCAGAGGGCGGCCGCGUCCUUGGCAUUCCUGGAGGCGUUGGGAUUUUCCUGGGACUGGCUUAGAGCCUUCCCUCCUCGGCAACUAUUCCACGACAGGCUCGCCAGUCGCCUGCCGAGGGGCAUCUUAGCACGGGGAGCUCAGCGGUGCCCCCAGCCACGGCCGCAGAGUCUCUGCGCUCCUCGGUCCACCUGGCCUGCCCGUGCGAGGCGCCCCCCCCCCGCUUCUUUCCUCUGUGCAUCAGUGUACCCCGGCUCUGAGGCUCUGCUGCAGAGUGCAAAGGCCCAGGUGCCCAGGAGGCUGUUCAUUGCCUUUCUCCGUCUCGCCCUCUUUUCCUUCAGGCUGAUAGAAGGAGGCGAAUGGUGGGGUCUGGGGCUGCGUGAGCCAGAGCAGGGGGCGAAUGCUGGGAUCUGGGGCGAAUGCUGGGAUCUGGGGCUGUGUGAGCCAGAGCAGGGGGCGAAUGGUGGGGUCUGGGGCUGCGAGAGCCACAGCAGGGGGCGAAUGGUGGGGUCUGGGGCGAAUGGUGGGGUCUGGGGCUGCGUGAGCCAGAGCAGGGGGCGAAUGCUGGGAUCUGGGGCGAAUGCUGGGAUCUGGGGCUGUGUGAGCCAGAGCAGGGGGCGAAUGGUGGGGUCUGGGGCUGCGAGAGCCACAGCAGCCGGUCUCCAACCCCCUCUGCCACCUCCUCACGUCCCUCUUCUCGUGGGUGUCCUUUUACGUCCCCCCAGCCAGACUGACUUGGCACCCAGUCCACCUCCUCUUCACCUAAAGGCCAGGAGAAGCCCGGGGUACAGCCUCGCCUCCAGGGCUCAGGCUAAGCCCCCUCGCGCCCACUUCUGCCAACCUUGAGCAUUAGUUUCCACUGCUGGUCACCAGAGAAUAGAGCAUCCAGAAGUGCCCUUCACAAGCCAUAGGGAAAGCAAGUCCCAUUUAGUGAAGAGGCUCCUCUCAUUCUUCCCCCUUCCCUGUAGGGGGGCAUUUUCAGGUUUGGAAAGUCGAGCUGUUAGGUGGAGGCAGGAGAAGAGGCCAUGGGGAGGUCCUGGUCCUGUGCUGGAAGAGAGGGUGAGAGCGCAUGGAAGGGGAAUAAGUCCAGCGUGAUAACAGGGCUUGUUAGUGCCCCGAGUUGAGAACACUCCGCCAACUGAGUUUGAUGAGUAUUUGCCUUUUCACCCAGCGCAGGGGAAAGGCCCCUUCAUCCUCGGGCAUUGGCCACAACGAGAUAAUGUGCUGGCCAUCAGGGGACUUCGAGAGGUAGGGCACCCCACAUUCCGUGGAGGGGAUAUUUAUUUAUAGGCCACCAUAUCUUGUGCAUCUGACUGAGCCAAACCUACUGGUGGUUGUCCCAGAAGAGGUCUUGUUUUUCAUCUCCUAAUUAAGUUAUUCUAAUUCUUCAGGGUGUCGCGUUCUUACUGUCUUUUGGCAGUUGGUUUUUUAAGUGAAUCCCUCCCACCCCCCACCCCCAGUUACCUCCUUGUCUUAUUAAAGAUGGCGCUUUCCAUUUCCCACCUGGGCUUUUCUAGCCUCUACAAGCCCUCUAUUUUGUCCUUCCACUCCAGAUUUAGGUUCUAACAUCACUGUUCCUUGCACAAGCUCUUUCUGCACAAUCAACAUGGGGAUAUUAGAUCAGCCAAGCUUUGCACUCUUAUCACCACUGGGGUGACUCCUGACCAAAGGCUGGCCUGAGAGUGAUGAGCCUGGGUCACAAAGGAGGAAGAGCAGAGUCCUGGUCUGCCAUUUUGUGAGCAUGAGCUGUGCUGACAGGUAGGAGGCUGGAUAACUCCAAAGUCUGUGGUCUUUUCUGACAUCAAGAAAUGCUACUCCAAGGUCCCUAAGCUUUCUCCACUCAUUCUGCUCUAAUCCCCAGCUUAGGGACCUUGGAGUAGCAUUUCCCUUUGGAGUCUUAGCUCUCCCCACUGAAGCCCCUUCUCCUUCCCUUUGCACCCUUCAUUUCUUGGGCCGGGCUUUGGCGUUGACACUGGAAAGGGAUAUCGAGGACCAUCUGGAUUCAACUUCAUAUCCUGGAAUGCUCUGAGAAAGGGUCUGUUUUGAUGAUAAGGAUCCAGCCUCUCAAGGUUUCUCCUAGGACUGUGCCCCAACCUAUCCCCUUUAUAAAAUCAGGCUAUUUAUAGGUUAGGGAAAAGGUUCUCCAUCACCUGGUAGAUCUCCUUUCCUCCAAGGACCCAAGCAGCAGCUCUGUAUUCUUAAUAAAGCCUUAAUGGGAUUUUCUUUCUUCCAACAAGCAGCCCCUCUUAGGACAGUCAGGGAGACAGAAAGAGAGAACAGGGAACUUAUAAACAAAGAAGGGUCAGGCUGACCACCACCAACACACACAACACACAAGGUUUUAAAAAUGGAAAAGACCUCAGGACACCAGACAGAGUUCUACACUGGAAACUUGGAGUACAAAAGACUGGAGGUGUUGCUGAAGCCAAGCCUCUCCCCCUGGCCUUCCACUUGGGUUUGUAGCUCUACAGAGAUUGGCCAAUCUCCUGAUGAGAGCAGCCUUGGCAAGGUUGGGCUGAUGAUGUGGCCCAUGGAUAGGCACGGUGAUAGCUGAAGAACAUACAAUAUGGAGGCAGCCCAACCCAAAGGAAGGCUGAAUCCAGACUGGAAUGCCAGCCUCAAUGGCUUGAUGGUCUCACCCCACUCUGUACUCAUGUGUAAAUAGCUUUACUUUUUUUUCCUUUGUCUUAGAUGAAGAUGUGUUUAUGUAGCUACCACAUAGACAGUGACCAAAUGAAACUGUUUAUGUUCUGCCAUUUUCUCCCUGUGAUGUACUUGAUGAGGAGCCAACACCUCCAAUCUUUUUAUUCUUCCAUGAGUAAUAGUGUUUGUUGAUUGUCCAUUUGGGGUGUUGUUUUGUUUUUUCAAGGUAACUCUUUCCUAUUCCCUAGUUUUGCUUCCAUUUUCUUUGUUUCUGUUGGGGUUCAAGCCAGCCUGCAGCAGAAAUCAUAUUUUCAAGACUGUGAUCAUUUGGUUUUUCCCACAAGGACCCUGUGUGUUGAAGACGGGAAAGAAUCUGUCAUAAAAUGGAUUUCAGAACAAUACUACGCUUUUCUGAUUUUUUCAACUGUAAUGACUUUUGUAAGGCACCCCCUUCCCCAACCCAAGCAAAAACCGUUUAGUACAAAGGAUUUAUUGUAUGUGUUUUGAAAACUUAAGUGCAAUGUCUUGAGGGAGAAGCUAAGGAGAAAUGUAUAUGUUCAUUGACAUUUUAAAAUAAAAGAUUAUAUAUAUAUGUACAUAGGACACCUUCA